GCGGCGGAGCGGCUGCCCGGGGCCGCGGGAGGUGGGCGGUGCGCGGGGGGCGGCGGUUCCGGGGCCCCGGCAUGGCCCGGGGGCGGGUGCGCCGCCGCCGCCCGGCCCCCUGAAGAGACGCGGCGGGGCUGGCGACCGGCCCGGCUCCGCGGGAGAGGGGUCUGGCUCUCCGCCGGGCUCCCGGCGGGGCGGCCAUGUCCGGAGCUAUGAAGUUCAACGGGUACCUGAAGGUGCGGAUCGGGGAGGCGGUGGGUCUGCAGCCCACCCGCUGGUCCCUCCGGCACUCGCUCUUCCGCAAGGGCUACCAGCUCUUGGACCCCUAUGUCACCAUCAGCGUGGACCAGGUGCGCGUCGGGCAGACCAGCACCAAGCAGAAGACCAACAAGCCCACCUACAACGAGGAGUUCUCUGCCACGGUUACCGAUGGCCAUCAGAUCGAGCUGUCCGUCUUCCACGACACCCCCAUCGGCUACGACGAUUUUGUGGCCAACUGCACCUUGCACUUCCAGGACCUCCUGCGCUCCGCGGGCCCCAGCGACAGCUUCGAAGGCUGGGUGGAUUUGGAGCCAGAAGGCAAAGUGUUUGUCGUCAUAACUCUUACAGGCAGCUUCACAGAAGGGACCCUCCAGAGGGAUCGAAUUUUUAAGAACCUCACUCGGAAACGCCAGCGGGCGAUGCGAAGGCGAGUGCAUCAGGUGAACGGGCACAAAUUCAUGGCUACCUACCUGCGACAGCCAACGUACUGCUCACACUGCAGGGAGUUCAUCUGGGGCGUGUUUGGGAAGCAGGGAUACCAGUGCCAAGUAUGCACCUGUGUUGUACACAAGCGCUGCCAUCACCUAAUUGUUACAGCUUGCACGUGCCAAAACAAUACUAACAAGACUGAUCUCAAGGUAGUUGAGCCUGGCCGGCACGGACACCAGAGCAGCUCUCAGCAGGUGACUGAACAAAGGUUUGGAAUCAACAUUCCUCAUAAGUUCAGCAUCCACAACUACAAAGUCCCAACUUUCUGUGACCACUGCGGUUCCUUGCUUUGGGGAAUCAUGCGACAGGGCCUACAGUGUAAAAUCUGUAAAAUGAACGUCCACAUCCGAUGCCAAGCGAACGUUGCACCGAACUGUGGGGUGAACUCAGCAGAGCUUGCGAAAACCUUGGCGUGCAUGGGCCUGCAGCCAGGAAGCAUCUCCCCAAAUUCUAAACUGGUUUCAAGAUCUACUUUGAGACAUCAGGGGAAAGGCAGCCUGAAAGAUGGCAACAACGUUAAUGAAAGUUCAGCGAGCAAACUAGGGAUCAAAGACUUAACCUUCCUUCGCGUAUUGGGAAAGGGCAGUUUUGGAAAGGUGAUGCUUGCCAAGAUGAAAGAGAGUGGGCAGCUCUAUGCAGUGAAGGUGUUGAAGAAAGAUGUCAUUCUGCAAGAUGAUGAUGUUGAAUGCACCAUGACUGAGAAACGCAUCCUUUCCUUAGCGAGGAACCACCCAUUCCUCACCAAGCUCUACUGUUGCUUCCAGACUCCUGAUCGCCUGUUCUUUGUCAUGGAGUUCGUAAAUGGCGGGGACUUGAUGUUCCAUAUUCAGAAGUCGCGUCGCUUCGAUGAAGAUCGGGCCCGGUUCUAUGCUGCAGAAAUUAUAUCAGCUCUUAUGUUUCUCCAUGAAAGAGGCAUCAUUUAUCGGGACUUGAAGCUGGACAACGUGCUGCUGGACUACGAGGGCCACUGCAAGCUGGCAGAUUUUGGAAUGUGCAAAGAAGGCAUUCACGAUGGCAUUACCACAGCCACCUUCUGUGGUACACCAGACUACAUCGCUCCAGAGAUCCUGCAAGAGAUGCUGUAUGGCCCUGACGUGGACUGGUGGGCCAUGGGCGUGCUGCUGUAUGAGAUGCUGUGUGGUCAUGCGCCCUUCGAGGCGGAGAACGAGGACGACCUCUUCGAGGCCAUUCUGAACGAUGAAGUCGUCUACCCAACGUGGCUCCAGCAGGACGCAGUGGCAAUCCUCAAAGCAUUCAUGACAAAGAACCCCAACAUGCGGCUGGGCAGCCCGGGGCUGGGCGGCGAGAGCGCGAUUCUGCGGCACCCCUACUUCAAAGAUCUGGACUGGGACCUGCUGAACCAGCGUCAGAUGGAGCCACCGUUCAGGCCCCGAAUUAAAUCCAAAGAUGACGUGAGCAACUUUGAUCCAGAUUUUAUAAAAGAGGAGCCCAUUCUGACUCCCAUUGAAGAAGGAAUUCUUCCGAUGAUAAACCAAGAUGAAUUUAGAAACUUUUCGUUCACAAGCCCAGAACUGCAGCAAUAGCUACGGCUCUGGGGAAGGGCUGCUGAGACGACUGGGAGGAAAAGAAAACCAAGUUUACCAGAAAUUUCACUCUCAAAGAGUAACAGUGCACUGACUUUAGACGAUUCAGCAGCACCACUGUCAACAUUACCUUAAUGUGAAACUGAAACCUUCCUGUGUUUAUAGGAUUUAUGCAGCUCUCGGAUCAAAUAUUGACAGGGGUGGAACAAACACGAUGUUGUAAAUAGCUGAUGCAGAUAGAGAAUUGAAUGCUGAGCUAGUUGGCUCAGCCUGAAUGUCGCUGCUUGCAGUGGAUUGGAGGAGUCAGCAUGAGCAUGAAACAAGUGUCUUGCAGCCCUGAGCCAAACAGACUUGUUACAGUUUCGAUUGUUUGCAAGACUAUUUUGAGGAGUCCCAGCAUUGUCCGGCAUUUUGGAGCCAUGAUCCAGCAUCCCAUGGCCUGACUGAACCAGAUGCUCCUACUGACUUUACCUGUUUCUGCAGUAUUUAUUUCUUUCUGAAGGACAAAUGGCUCUCUUUGCCACUGUUUAGGUUUCUGUGUGAAAUAUUCCAUUGUGCCGACUAGCAGAAGGAAAAAAAGCAAAUGCUCUAUGCCCCACACAGAUUCUUCCAAGUCAAAGGGAAGUCAUGUGCUCAUAGUGUUUUACUGUUUGUGCGAUAUGAAAAGUUUUAGUGUUUGCAUUCUGUGAAAUGCCUUUUUACAUCAUGCAUCUUCAAUGCUCCUUUCUUUGCCUCCCAGCUGUUUUCAACUAUAAUAUAACUUGUAAAACCUUACUGUUUAUUUAGGCCCAUUCUAUUUAAUUAUGCUAUACAGACCCCCUUUUGUGGCUUUAGUGCCCAUUAAAAUUUUGAUCCAAAA